CGCGUGUUCUGCUCAUGGAAAAAGAAGGACACACGGAACAUCGGAGGGCGCGCCAAUGCUCUCAUCGCUGCUAUCCGUGACGUGCCAGACAGCAAGGAGGACGUGUACCGAGCUCUCGACGCAUGGGCGGCCUUCCAGCUCGACUUCCCUCUGCUGGCUGUGAAGCGCGCUCUCAGGAUGAUGCAGCAAGAGGGCCAGUGGAAGCGAAUACUGCAGGUGUGCAAGUGGAUGCUCGCAAGGGGCCAGGGGCGGACCUUUGGGACAUAUGACCUCAUGAUGGAGGCCAUGGCUGCCACGGGGCGACAUGCUGAGCUGGACGGCACGUGGGAGCGAAUCAUGGGCCGCCACCUGGACACAGUGCCUCGCGCCACGUUUGCACGCGUGAUGAGCCUGUAUGCAGAUCAGGGGCGGCCAUUGAAAGUGCUCGAGGUGUACGGCAGCAUGAUAGAGGUGGGUGUGAAUGUGGACGAGGGUAAUGGUGAUGCAGGUCCACGGAAUGCCCUCUGCCAAUGGUGCUCUCAUGCUCCUCCGCUGCUCUUUGCAUGUGUGCAUGUAUGCUCGCAGGUGUAUGGCAGUAUGAUAGAGCUGGGUGUGAACCUGGAUGAAGGGAUGGUGAUGCAGGUGCACAGGGCGCUGAUUAACAUCGGGGCGGAGCGGAGAGCAGAGGCGCUGCUGCAGGAGCACCAGAGCGUUUUGAUUCCACCAGUUGGGAAGGCUGUAAGGGCUGAGAAAGCCUCCAGUAGUGCUAGAACAUUAUGA